UCUAGACAGGCCCCAUUUCCAGCAGCCAUUUCUCCAACACCUUAUCCUUGAUUAAUCAUGCUAAAUUGCUAAUUUGGUACUAGAAAUUCACUUGCCGUUAUAUCUAUAUAUUUGGUUUGUUAAAUGAAGAUUAACAUUGUCUUUGUGUUGCCACGGUAUGCAAUAGAGUUUCUCUAGAAACUCAUCAGUCAAUCGUUGUUUUGAGGAAUGAAGGCUAUACAAUUCAUAAAAUUACCAAUGAACUGAAGAUUUCAUCCAAAGGUGUACACUACAGUCUUCAAAGACAAAGGGCAACUGGCUCUAACAAGGACAGAAAGAGAUGUGGAAGGCCAGAUGUACAACUAAACAAGAGGAUAAGUACAUCAGAGUCUCUAGUUUGAGAAAGAGAUGCCUCACAUGUCCUCAGCUGACAGCUUCAUUGAAUUCUACCCGCUCAACACCAGUUUCAUGUACAACAGUACAGAGAAGACUCAGGAGUGCAGCCUUAUGGGAAGAAUUGCAAAGACAAAGACACUUUUGAAACUGAAAUCAAAAACUAAAAGGUUAGAGUGGACAACGAAACACAGACAUUGUACAACACAUCAUUGGAAAAGUGUGUAAUGGAUAUUAAUUCCAUUGAGCUUUUGUGGGAUCAGCUAGACUGUAAGGUGUGUGAGAAGUGCCGACAAGACAGACACAUCUAUGGCAAGUGCUACAGGAAGUGUGGGGUGAAAUGUCAUCUUGAGUAUCUGGACAAACUAACCGCUAGAAUGCCAAGAAUCUGCAAAGCUGUCAUUGCUGCACGUGGAGGAUUUUUUGAUGAGAAGUCUUUGAAGUAGUUUAAGAAGUUCUGAACAUUUCUUUCAAAUUAUAAUAGUCAUUAUUCAGUUUUUAAUGUCCUAACUAUACAUUGUGAUCAGUUGAAUGCCACUUUGGUGAAAAAAAAGUAACAAUUUCUUUCCAUAAGAGCAAAAUCUGUACAUUAUUCCAAACUUUUGGCCACCAGUGUGUGUGUGUGCGCGUAUAUAUAUAUAUAUAUAUAAAUUAAAAAGCACUAAAAACACUACACAUACAUUUUCACAGUUUUAAGUAGCUAUACAUUUACAUUACAUUUAAAUCUAAUAUUUUAUUUUAACUAUGAUUUAAGAGAGCUGUUCGCAUUAAACUCAUUAAAAUAUGGUUUAGUUGUGAUAUUGUUAGCUGUUGCUUAAUCAUUUAGCCCAAGAUAUGCAACGGGACAAAACACUGACUCUAAAACAAACUCAUGUGUUUUUGAUGACGGACAGUAGAAUAUAGCCUAUGAUCACUUCCCCUGUUGAUUUUUAUUUUUCUCUGAUAAAAUGAUCGCGAAAAACUGUAUGAAGCAGUUGGUGAAUUGCACGACACCUGCUGGAUACGUUGAUAAUGACGUCACCGACCUGCGUCGAAUGCGUGGAUGAAGGACCCCGAUCAGCAGCGUGUAAUACUGCACGAACUGCGUUUAUAGACCUUUUCACACUAUGAAGUGAUCAACUGCAGGGUAAACUUCGACAGUGGUGAAUGGGAGAUCAUAGAAAAUAUUAUUUUCACAAACCCAUUUGUAUCAAGACGAAAAUAAAAAAAAUCUACUAUUAAAUUUAAAGUUCAAGUGCUGUUAAGUGUGAAGAGGAUGCAGAAUUGAAGGGGCCAGUGAUUGACCAGAGAAAUGUUGCAGAGAUGUUCCAGCUGAAAUAAAGAAGGAAUGGCGUAUCACACAAUGCAGAUGAGAUCUGCUGAUGAAGGGCAGACAGUAUUUUUCACCUAUAUACACUGCAGAUGAAUCUUCGAGUGCAGCUGCAGUGUAAGAACUUGCAUGAGUACUUGAGGGAACUGAGUCCAGAGAUCCUCGACAGACUCUACAAUCAUCCCGCAACAUGUCUGGCCGUCUACAGGGAACUUCCAGGAUUGGCAAAGAAUUAUGUAAUGCGGAUGCUGUUUUUAGACCACCCUCUUCCACAGGCCGCGGUCGCACUGUGGGUUAAGAAAGACAGUCAAAAAGACCAUGAUCAGUGUGUAUCUGUGUUAACUGGCCUACGGCUGUGGCACAGUCAGCAGCUUCAGGGUGGACUCCAAGGCUUUGUGCUUAACCCUGUGUUUAAAGAUAACCUGAGGAUAGCACUGCUGGGCGGGGGUAAACCGUGGGCAGAUGAGGGCAGCAGUCUGGGUCCUGAUCGCCAUGCAAGGGACGUAGAGAGUCUCGACCGCUAUGCAAUGGAGCGAUGGGAGGUCAUCCUUCACUUCAUGGUGGGAUCUCCCUGUGCUGCUGUCAGCCAGGAUCUGUCACAGCUCCUCAUAAAGGCUGGGCUCAUGAGGAGUGAGGCUGGUGAAGCUCCUUAUAUCACUUCAGCAGGGUUUCAGUUUCUGCUACUAGACACGGCAUCUCAGCUGUGGUACUUCACUCUGCAGUACCUCAACACAGCACAGUCAAGAGGUAUGGACCUGGUGGAGAUUCUUUCCUUUUUGUUCCAGUUGAGUUUUUCCACUCUUGGUAGGGAUUAUUCUGUGGAGGGAAUGAGUGAGUCUCUUCUCACAUUUUUGCAGCAUCUGCGAGAGUUUGGCCUGGUUUUCCAAAGAAAGAGGAAGUCAAGGCGGUACUACCCAACAAGGUUGGCCAUAACUCUAGCUGCAGGCGUCACAGCAAACACCGCCUCAUCCUCUGCACUGGGAGCCACGCUCAGAACAGGAGACACAGGCUUCAUCGUGGUAGAAACCAACUAUCGCAUCUAUGCGUGCACUAACUCUGAGCUACAGAUUGCGCUGGUAGCUCUAUUUAGUGAGAUGCUGUAUCGGUUUCCUAAUGUGGUGGUUGCUCAGGUAACCAGAGAGUCAGUGCAGCAGGCCAUUGCUAACGGCAUUACUGCACAGCAGAUAAUUCACUUUUUAAGGACCCGAGCACAUCCAGUAAUGCUUAAACAGACCCCCGUCCUCCCCCCGGCCAUCACAGAUCAGAUCAGACUGUGGGAGCUGGAGAAAGAUCGCUUGCAGUUCACUGAGGGAGUAUUAUACAACCAGUUUUUAUCCCAGGCUGAUUUUGAAGUGCUGCGGGAUCGGGCUCAGGGUUUAGGUGUAUUGGUGUGGCAGAACCCCGCUCACAGGGUCAUGGUGGUAUCGCCACAUGGACACAGCGAGGUCAGGAGAUUCUGGAAAAGACAGAAGAGUCAUACUUAAAGAAAAAAACAUUGUAGAAGAGACCUAAAAAUUUACAAGAUUCAUCAUUCGUUUGAAGGCUCUGAGAACAACACAAACCCACUGUAUACAGUCUCAUCACAGCGUUAUUGCUUAUAUAGAUGGACAGAGGACAAACCUUCAAUGUGGAGGAAAACCAGUUUUCAUUCAUUUAACUGCAAUAAUAUUCAGUAAUAUUAUCUAAAAAAAACUCCUUGUUUUCUAAAGCUUUGAUAUUUACUAAGCUGCUUUUGCUAGAUUACUUGUUUGUGUCUGAGGAAAAUUGCCAAAAAUAAAUACAGUUUCCAUGAAUUGUAUAACAUGGAAAUUUAGUCCAUGACAUUUCCAUUUCAUAGCAAUUAAGAGGAAAAAGAGAUUCUCAAUGGAAAUUCAGAUGCACAAUGAGCUUCAGGGUGAUCGAAUAAAUAAUAGCGAGACUAAAGUUCUAGAAAAUAUGUUUUACAGUUCACAUUUUACCUCAAAAUCACAUUACAGUAAUGAGAAUGAGAUUUUUGUGUAAUGGUGAUGUGAAUGGGAGAAGUUGUGCUAAAUUGUCAUGACUCCUUAAUACUCAAUACUCUUAAAACAGGCUGCUGUUUCUUUAUGCAGUUCUUAUUUUUCUUUGUUGUGUAAUAUGGUCAGGACAUGCUAUAUAUGGCCCAUUUCUGCCACAUAAAACAAAUAUUUUGUGCUUUGGUAUGUCAUAAUUAUGAGAUACAAAUUCAUAAAUAUGAGAUAAAAUGCUUAAAUUUGUGAUGCUAAAUU